CAGACGAAGCAGGGCGAGCUAGGGCCGAGCCCGCUCAGCACCGGGGGAAGCAACGGACCGAGACCCGGCAAGGAGGGAGCCUGGAGGCGGCGGUGAGAACUGCAAAGCUGAGCAGCGUCAUUGCUAAGAAAUCAAGUGGCAACACUUGAUUAGGUUAUGUUUGAUUUAGAGCUUCCAUUAACCGGAGGUCCUGUUUCUGCUGAAACUUGAGGACUACUCGACGGUCUUCAGUUUUGCGGGUCUGGCUCCACAGGAUGCUACCCUACUUUUGCUGCUCUCCCUUUCAGUGACGACACUGCUGCUGACAUACCACAGUGCUGCUUCCUUCUAACUUCAGAGUGGGCGUUUUGCUUGCUGACCUUACAGGAUGCUCAUUUUUAGAGCAAGAGAGCACCAUUUUCAUGAGACUCCUCUUCCAGUGCUGGAAGCUUGUGAUACCUCAUGUCCAAUAGGUCUUCUCUUCUGUGGUAUAAUCUAAAGACCAAACACAACAUAUUGUCUUUAUUUUCAUUUUCAACAUGUCUUUGUGACAAAUGCUAUUUUAAUAAGGAAAAAACACUUUGAGCCCUCUCAGUUGACAAUGGAGUUCAAAGAAUGAAAUAUUUUAUUGGAUGCGUGAAUGUAUUGACUUCUGCGAUAUACCUAUGAUUAAAAUGAUAUUCUGCUUAUUAUGGCUGCUUCUUGCUAGAGCUUGGGGAACAUCUUUAUUCCUUUAUUAAAAUAGCAUUUUUGACAAAUACGUUGUAAAAAGACAAAAUGCUUUUUCUGUUCUUUGGCAAGUUGACUUUUUUCCAACUUAAUUUUUUUAUUUUUCGAGUCGGAGAGUAUACAUGUGAAAUUUGAGUGGUGUAAUGUUUGGGAGAAAAAAUUUCUUCAAAAUAUUCCCCGAUAAAGGUCUUUUACACCCUGAAGCCAUGACAGAUUUUCUAUGAUACUUUCCCACUCUUUCAUCAACAUGGAAAGCUCGGAUUCUAAUGAUAAAGGAACUAUUGAUCACUCAGAAGCGCAGCGCCGAAGUCAGUUGGAUCGAUUAGAACGUGAAGAAGCUUUCUAUCACUUUGUAAAUAACCUGAAUGAAGAGGACUAUAGGCUUAUGAGGGAUAACAAUUUGCUAGGAACACCAGGUGAAAUUACUGAAGAAGAAUUGAUGAGAAGGCUACAUCAAGUUAAAGAAGGACCACCACAGCAAAACGGUGAUGAGAAUAGAGGUGCAGAAGCCACAGAAGAUGUUUCUAAUAGAGAUUCCAUAAUAGACUGGCUUAAUUCAGUACGACAGACUGGAAAUACCACACGGAGCGGGCAAAGAGGAAACCAGUCUUGGAGGGCAGUGAGCCGGACUAACCCUAACAGUGGUGAUUUCAGAUUCAGUUUGGAAAUAAAUGUCAACCGAAAUAAUGGGAACCCAAAUCCAGAAGCUGAAAAUGAGCCACCUGUAGAGCCCUCCAAUGGUGAGGAUUUGGAAAAUAGCCAAAGUGACACUGAAACUCCAAGGUCUGAAUCACCAUCUGUAAGACAGCCUGGAUCAGACAGAAGUACCUCUGAGGAGUUAGUAACGGAGGAAGAGUCUCCUCUCAGAGGCCAGAGAAGAGCAAGAAGCAGGAGCCCAGAACAACGAAGAACCCGGGCUAGGACUGAUAGAAGUAGGUCACCUAUUAAUCCAGCAAGUGAGACUCCUCGCAGGUCUCCUAACAAUAUGCCAUCUCAGACACUUGAUCAUUCCCUGGUAAAUGAAUCUGAGGGAAGUUCUAGAACUAGACAGCAUGUGACAUUAAGGCAACAUAUGACGACAACAGAGAUGGCAAGUGAAAAUGCAGUUCUGUUUUCAACCCCAGAAACAAGACCAGCUCCUCCCGCAUUAGGUUCUCCAGAAACAAAUGGCAGCAGUGAAUCUGCAGCUCCUGGACAGAGGCCACCUACUAUAGUUCUUGAUCUUCAAGUGCGAAGAGUCCGUCCAGGAGAAUAUCGGCAGAGAGACAGCAUAGCCAACCGAACCCGAUCCAGGUCCCAGACACCAAACAAUACAGUCACUUAUGAAAGUGAACGUGGAGGGCUUAGGCGCACAUUUUCACGUUCAGAACGAGCUGGAGUGAGAACUUAUGUCAGUACCAUUAGGAUUCCUAUUCGUAGAAUCAUAAACACGGGUUUUAAUGAGACCACAUCGGUUGCAAUUCAGACCAUUUUAAGGCAGAUAAUGACAGGUUUUGGAGAGUUAAACUACUAUAUGUACAGUGAUGGUGAUACAGAUCCUAGUGGCCCAGUCCCAAGUCAAAAUGUAGAUGCUCCUGAGGUACAGAGUGGAGGUGAUAGUGGUAGUACUAGUUCACGCAGUGAAAAUACUGAAGGUAGCUCAGGAGAGGUAUAUGAAAGUAGUAAUGAAGGAGGUUCAGCAUCUGCUAGGCGAGAAGGGCGGAAUGCUAGAGGAUCAGUCACUUUUGAAGAAAGUGGCUCUUUACCAUUCCUUAGUCUAGCACAGUUUUUUCUACUAAAUGAGGAUGAUGAUGACCAGCCAAGAGGACUCACCAAAGAACAAAUUGACAACUUAGCAUGGAGGAAUUUUGGUGAAAGCGAUGCUCUGAAAACCUGUAGUGUCUGUAUUACAGAAUACACAGAAGGCAACAAGCUUCGUAAACUGCCUUGUUCCCAUGAAUACCAUGUCCACUGCAUUGAUCGCUGGUUAUCAGAAAAUUCCACUUGUCCUAUUUGUCGUAGAGCAGUUUUAGCGUCUGGUAACAGAGAAAGUGUUGUCUAAACGAGAUCUGAAUUUGUGGCUGAACAGCUGGUGUAAUAGUGAUGGGCAACAAAGUCACUUUCAUUAUGGCCACUUUUUGAGUGGUGCUUCAAUGUAUAGUAAUGAGUUUGACUGCUUCUUGCCUCCAUGAAAACAUUUUCUCAGAUUUUAAAAUGGGAAUAUCUUUAAACUAGCGUCUUCAAAUUUAUUCAGUUUCAGAGUCUGGAAUUUAAAACUAUUUUGUUUCCCCAAAGAUAUCUGUUAUAAAUUUCUAAUUUCUUCAUCCACAAGACUGCUAAGCUCCUUGCCCAUCCUCUCUUCUUCCCAAUGCAUUGUUAAUCUUGAAGACCUCAGCGCUCAGAUCAUCCCUAUAAGGAACUUAUUGGAGAAGUCAUUCAAGCUACAGCAGAUGUUUCAUAGUGGAUUUUUAAAAGCCUAGCUAUCCCACUGAAUAUGAAAUUAAUUCAACUGCACCCUUAAAUAUAAUUUUAGUUAAUUUUUAUAUUGGGUAUUUUUGGACACAAGUGCAAAUAACACUAAUGUUAGCCCUUUUCCCAUUGUACACCUGUCUCCAGCCCAUCACUAUGGCACGCUGUGGAGUGAACUGAUACCUUAAUCAGGAUAUUUAUCUUGUGGAAAUAUAAAAAUUGCCUAUGCUUGUUUAAAUAAAAAAAUCACAAGUUUUGUUUUACAAUUGUAAAGCUUUUUUGUAGAAACGCAGUACUUUUCCAGUGCACUGUUGUACUAAUGCAUUAAGAAUUAAAAUUGUACCAUGCUUAGAAAUGAAGAGAAUGCUUUUCAUACGAGACCCACCACACAGUAAACUAAAUACAACUGAGCUGCUUUUGUAAAUGUUAUUGUCAAGAGCAGUGCAUAUCUGUACUAUUUAAUUUAUGUGAAUAGCUACUGUAACAAGAAUUAGACAUCUUAAUUGCAUUAAAACUGAUGGAAAUUGAAUGUUAUAAUUGCAAUGUCUUGGCUCAGUAAUGCCACCAAAAAGAUGAUAAAAAAAAAGAAACCU